AUGACGUCCGAAGAAGUUAAGGCUAGCGAGGGUGAUGCUGCUGACGCCGUCGUAGAAUCUUCGCCUCCUGCUGCUGCUCCUCCAAGCGACGACGCCGCUGCGGCUGCUACUGACGAUGCAGCGACGAAGCCUGACGCUGAACCGGCGAGCACGAACGGGGAGCCGGCAAGUGGCGAACCCGCUGAAGCAAACGGCGAGGAGUCGAAGGCUGAAGCCGAGGCUGCGACGACGCCUGCGAAGGAAGCUGCGAAGACGGAGGAGAAGCCGGCGGGCGAGGAAGGCACGGGUCAGCGGCGACGGAAGCGCAAGAGCCUUUGGGACACGGAGGGCCCUGACGGCAAGAAACGUGCGUGCGUGGCGAGCUCGCAACAGCGGGUUGCACGCCGCUUCGAGUCUCCUGCUGUCCUAGCGUCACCAGGCACUCCCAGCGCAGCCGGCAUUCUGCCAGGAGCCCCCGCGAUUCCCGGUAUUCCUGGAAUGCCACUGGGUGCAGGCAUUCUCCCCGGCGCUGCAGCGGCGAUGAUGAUGCCGGGAGCGGCCAUGGCGCAGCAGGCGCAGCUGCUGCAGCAACAGCAGCUUCUCCAGAUGCGAGCGCUGGCUCAGGCGAAGAUGGCGGAGGCAGCAGCGGUGCAGCAGCAGCAGGCCACAACGACCCAGUCGAAUGCCCAGUGCCGCGUGUAUGUGGGAAGCAUUUUCUACGACCUCACCGAGUCUGAUAUUCUCCUCGCCUUCUCCCCCUUUGGUCCAAUCACCAAGAUCGACAUGCCCAAGGACGCGAGCACGGGCAAGCACAAGGGUUUCUGUUUCAUCGAGUUCACCAACCCUGAAACCGCCUCCACUGCCAUCGCUGCCAUGAACGACUUUACCCUCGCCGGCCGGCGCAUCAAGGUCGGCCGUCCCAACAACAUCGCUUCCCCUUCGCCUGCUGCGCAGACCAUUGCCAACCCUCUCGCGUUCAACCAAGCUGCAUUGGCGGCACCCAACCCCAACCUCCUCGCCACUGCCAAGCUCCAGGCGCAGGUGAUCGCGAGCAGCAUCAACCAGAAGGUCCCAGGGGUGGCAGAGGUGCCCCAGAAGCCAGCAGUGAACACGCGGGUGUAUGUGGGUUCCAUUGUCUACGACCUUGCAGAGCCCGACAUCAUGGCCAUCUUCCAGGCCUUCGGCCCCAUCAAGUCAUGCCAGCUCAUUCCCAACCCUGACACGGGCAAGCACAAGGGCUACGGUUUUGUUGAGUUUGAGACAGAGGAAGCAGCCAAGGGUGCCAUUCAGUGCAUGAAUGGGUUUCAACUGGGUGGCAGACAGCUCAAGGUCGGGUGGGCUUCAGCAUCCCACGCCCCAACUUCUGCCUCACCAGCAGCACCCGCCUUCCCAAGCGCCAUGCCAGGCAUGCCGGCUAUCCCGGGUUUCCCUGGGGCUGCCCUGCCCGCAGCAGCAGGAGGGGCCGGGCUGAUGGGUGCAGUGCCUGGCGCUGUUGCUGCUGCCUCCCCAGCAGAGGCGGCGGCGUCCCUGCCAGCGUCCCCCUGUCGCUGCAUCGUGAUGCGGAACAUGGUCACUCCAGAGGAGGUGGAUGAUGACCUGCAGAGCGAGGUGACAGACGAAUGUGGCAAGUUUGGAAAGGUGGAGCGGGUUGUCAUCUACCAGGAGCAACAAUCGGAGAAGCCAGGCGAUGCGAUUGUGAAGAUCUUUGUUCUCUUCUCAAGCACCCCAGGCACAGGCAGCGCAGCAAUCGCUGCACAACAGAUGGUUCGGAGGCCGGCAGGUCAUUGCAAGCUUCUAUCCGGAAAUUUUGUAGAUUGCUUGCGUGCAGCGGCGGUGGCGUGGGCGCCGAACAAGCCGCUGGUGAUCGAGGAGGUGGAGGUGGCGCCGCCACAGGCGGGGGAGGUGCGAAUCCGCAUCACACACACCGCGCUCUGCCACACUGACGCGUACACUCUCGACGGCCACGACCCCGAGGGGCUCUUCCCCUGCAUUCUUGGACACGAGGCUGCUGGCAUCGUGGAGAGUGUGGGCGAGGGAGUCACGAGUGUGCAGCCAGGCGACCAUGUGAUUCCGUGCUACCAGGCGGAGUGCCGCGAGUGCAAGUUCUGCAAGUCCGGGAAGACCAACCUGUGCGGCAAGGUGAAUGUGUUUGACCGUCCCCUGGUCCUAACGUGCAAGUUCUGCAAGUCAGGGAAGACCAACCUGUGCGGCAAGGUCCGCCCCGCCACAGGCCGCGGUGUGAUGCUAUCAGACGACAAGCCGUGCUUCUCCGUCCGUGGGGAACCCAUCUACCAUUUCAUGGGCACAAGCACGUUCAGUGAAUACACCCACUAUCUCUACUCACUGCUCUCUCUCCUUUCCUUCCCCUCUCGUUCGUCUCUCACCACAGGCCGUGCAAAUGCACUCACCGACUCCACUCCUCGCUCCCUCCUUCCCACACACACAGGCCGUGGUGUGAUGCUGUCUGACGACAAGCCGCGAUUCUCUGUGAGGGGCGAGCCUAUCUAUCACUUCAUGGGCACGAGCACGUUCAGCGAGUACACAGUGGUUCACGAUGUCUCAGUUGCCAAGAUCAACCCAGAGGCACCGCUCGACAAAGUGUGCUUGCUGGGCUGCGGCAUCCCCACCGGGCUGGGAGCGGUGUGGAAUGCAGCCAAGGUGGAGCCCGGUUCCACUGUUGCCAUCUUUGGGCUGGGCACCGUUGGGCUCGCGGUGGCGGAGGGCGCAAAGGCAGCCAAGGCAUCGCGCAUCAUAGGCGUUGAUAUCGACCCGACCAAGUUCGACACAGGCGUGCUAGUCGAGCUGACAGACAGCACGGUGGACUACAGCAUUGAGUGCGUCCCUCUUUCCCUUCCCCUCUUAUCCCUCGUCUUCCCUUCUAUUUUCCACACCAAUUCUCUCCUACAGCCAAGCAAUUCGGAGGGACUGACCAAGGCAUUCGGUGUGACCGAGUUUGUGAAUCCCAAGGACCACAGCCGGCCCAUUCAGGAAGUUCUGGUAGAGCUGACGGACGGGGGAGUGGACUACAGUUUUGAGUGCAUCGGCAACACAGCAGUCAUGCGGGCAGCGCUGGAGUGCUGCCACAAGGGGUGGGGCGAGUCGGUGAUCAUAGGAGUGGCAGCGGCUGGGCAGGAGAUUUCCACGCGGCCGUUCCAGCUGGUCACGGGGCGUGUGUGGCGCGGCACGGCGUUUGGCGGGUUCAAGAGCCGGACCCACGUGCCAGAGCUUGUGGACAAGUAUUUGAACAAGGGGCGUGGAGGGUUCAUGCGCGCUGCGCUGGAGUGCUGCCACAAGGGGUGGGGCGAGUCAGUGAUUAUCAGAGUCGCAGCAGCAGGGCGGGAGAUCUCCACGCGGCCAUUUCAGCUGGUCACGGGGCGUGUGUGGCGCGGCACGGCUUUCGGGGGAUUCAAGAGUCGCACGGAUGUGCCUCAGCUGGUGGACAAGCAUAUGAACAAGUACGCAUGUGCAGUACGCAUGUGCAGUACGCAUGUGCAGUACGCAUGUGCAGUACGCAUGUGCAGUACGCAUGUGCAGUACGCAUGUGCAGUACGCAUGUGCAGUAUGCAUGUGCAGUACGCAUGUGCAGUACGCAUGUGCAGUACGCAUGUGCAGUACGCAUGUGCAGUACGCAUGUGCAGUACGCAUGUGCAGUACGCAUGUGCAGUACGCAUGUGCAGUACGCAUGUGCAGUACGCAUGUGCAGAGAUCAAGGUGGACGAGUGCAUCACACACAACCUCGCUCUUCCUCUCUGCUCUCCUCAACCUUUUUCUUGCCCCCUUGAGAUCAAGGUAGAUGAGUACAUCACGCACAACCUCCCUCUCUCGAAGAUCAACGAGGCCUUUGACUUGCUGCAUGGGGGCAAGUGCCUGCGCGCUGUGAUUCACAUGGAGGAGCAGUGA